ACACACACACACACACACACACACAAGAUGGGUAUAUUGAGCCAGGCUUUGGAGAAACCAUGUCAAAGAUAAAUGUGGAGCUCUGUUAUGAAGAAUCAACAGACUUUAAAUUUGCUGCCAGUUUUGGCUCUAGCAAGUUUCUUCAUCAGGAUAAGUGGAUCAAUGUCUCUUCAGCCGGUGCUGAGUGGUCCUGACGCGGCGUUCCUCAGUUCCAGGGUGACCUUCCGCUGUAUUCGACCUGACUCCUCUCUGCCAGUCACCUAUGAGCUGAUUAGGGACGGCAGCGCCCUGAUCGCCGUAGUCGCUGACCUUCCUGGGGAUCAAAAGGCUUUAUUUCACCUGAAGGUCACUGCAACGUCGGAGGGGUCGUACCACUGCAAGGCGACGACACCAGAAAGCACAGGAGUCAGCAACAGCAUCAGGCUGAGUGUAGUCACUCCAGCCUCGAACACCAGAGUGACCUCUGAUCCCUUCCCCCCUGCCGCGUACGAGGGGUCACGCAUGGCACUGAGCUGCAGCGUUGCAAAGGGCUCCCAUCUUUUCUACACCUGGUUGUUCAACAGGAAGGAGGUGACAUCUUUAACCUCUCCUCCAGUUCUCCUCACUGGGAACGAGCUAGUGAUGGGGAAGGUGGCUCCAGAGCAUGCUGGGUACUAUUCUUGCAUGGCUUGGUCCGAGGUGCAAGGCGACAGGAGGUUUUCCAGCAGCCAAGAGGUCCAGAUGACAGUCAAAGCCUACCUCUCAAAGCCAAGAAUCUCUUACUCCAUCUUCAAACAGGGAGCCAGUCGGUAUGGCAACGUGACGUGCUGGUCAACAAGAGGGAGCCCUCCGGUCAACAUCUCUCUCUCUGUAAAUGACAAAGAGGUGGGAUCCGUCACAGGCGCUCAAUCCCUCGUUGCCUGGUUCCUCGUCGCCAUGGCACCGAGGCAGGACACGGCCGUCGCUCGGUGUCGCGUGAAGACUGAGGUGCAGGAGUUGACGAGUGAGCCUGUGACUCUGGAAAUGGUGCCAGUCGGAGGUCACGUGAAAGUGGAAGUUGAAUAUCUUUACAGUGCUGAUUCCAAACUAGUUGCUGCCAAGCUGACCUGCCAGGUCAGCAGAGGAACUUUCCCUCACAUCUCUUGGCUCUUGAACAAUUCCAGCCUUCCCUCUGAGACACAUGAGGACUCCCUCACUCACCCCGUCCCGUAUCACGGCGCCCUGGCUGACCGUAGACGAACACUCUUUCUGGCCAAACUUGGCCCAGAGGAGUCUGGGUAUUACGUCUGCAGGGCCAGGGACAGCUACAACGACUCCGGCGCCUGGCUGGAGAGUGCAGCCGUGCUGGUGGGAGUCACAGAGGUUUUUCUGAACACCAUCGAAGUCCUCACCAUUGUGUUCUGCUGCUUCCUUUUUCUGAUGCUGGCCGUCGGUGCCGGCUGUGUUUACAAGAUGUUUGACCACAAGCACGCUCAAGCCCAAGUUGCUACAACAGAUUCUGAUGCUUUUCCUCUAUCGGCACACACAUCCCCGUCAGGAGGCAGACAGGACGAUACUUUGUCCAAAGACUUUGAUUUUGAGAGUGAGAUCACUGUAUGAAACAGGAGGAACCUGCACCUCUCCUCAUUUCCAUCACCGCUUCAUGAAAAUUAAUCAAAAUCUGCAGCUACAUUUUUUUAUCUGCAGGCAGGGCAACAAUGUCUUUUCCAGAACUGCCGAGUUGCUUAUAAAAACUGGUGGAACAUUCUAAAGUACAACUAAAAAGAGUGAGAUAUUAUAUUCAAAGCAAAACUGUAUAUCAUUAUGUGUUUGAAAAUAAAUACAAGAAUACCAACUGA